GUCCAUUUCAUGAGAGACCGACCUAUGAGCUAAUGUAUUUUUGUGUUUAUCAAGCAGGCCAUGCGUGCCGUCCACCCCCAGUCUGUGGACCAAUAUGUGACACAUAUCAUACUAAAAUUGUCGACACUCGCCUCUAUGAUUCAGAUAUCGACAUCGAUAGCUAGGCCGAACAUCCAUCCAAUGGCAUGCACUUAUCCAUCCACAAAUCUCCUUCCCCCGAGAUACCUAUACACUAUUCUCGUCAUGCUCUUGUCGCACCCGCGCACGAACAGGCUGGUGUCCUUUUAGUUGAUCGAUCACUGCAUGGGCAGGUGGAUGAGGAACAGCUGCCCGGCCACAAAGAUGCCCAACAGCAGGAAGGCCGUGAUGAAAUAAGACAGCACACCUGUCAGUGGAAUCCCCCACACCUACAUGCGCAUACAGACAGAGGAGACGCAUGUGGCUGACUCAAGACAGACAGGCAGUCAGAUUGUUCCUGUUCCGUACGGAGACGAGUGGGUCUUCAGGUUUGAUGGAGAGGUAUAUUCUCUCUGAUGUCUUCCGCCUGUCGCUGUCGACGGGCAUGUCCUUGAUGGCAUUCGACAGCUGACUCCAAUGCUGAGACGCCAGCUGAACACAUGGAUGAAACAAGGACACAACACGGAAGCUCGUGUCUCAACCUCGCGUGUGGUUGUCCGUGUCUCGGUGUGCGGGCUUACGUCGUUUGCCCAUCCACCCCACAGUAUGACCGUGAUGCACAGCAGCGUACCGCUCACGGCCAUCAUGUACCAGUAGAAGUCUAUCUCCAGUGAAAGCGCUAUCUUGUCACCCCGAUGCACCUUGGUCGCCUCCUUGCCCUCAAAGGUCGUCCAAGUCGCGAAGAGCACGCCGAUUUUCGCCAGAGAUUUGCACACCAUUAUCCCCAGCGCGGCUGUGCAAAAACACAUACACAAACGCACGUACAUUUGGCAGAGAGCAAGGACGUUCGUUCAGCAUGUCUCUGUUUCUGACCAAGCACAAAGGCCGAGAGCAUCUGGAAGGGCGGGUUCAGUCCACUGGCGCGAGACUUCAUUCGAUCCAGUACCUCCUGCCUGCGUCGUACAAUAGGGAGAGACAUGCAAAUGCGGGCUGGCUGGGGGUGUUUCCUUCUCGCAUCUAGACUUACCUGGCCUGUAGCCAGUCUUGUACUUCGGCAUCGAAGUUGUAGUCGUCGGAGAGCUGUUCGUGGUUGUACUUUACAAGGAAGUGUCUCAUGAGCCUGAAGUGACUCAUGCCGCUCAGCACCGUCAGGAUCAGCGGCUUCAUCAGGUCGAAGGCCAGCAGCCACACCGACAUCACGAUGCACACCUCCAUGCAUAUCGCCAGAGGGCUGGAAAGAAAGCAGAGGAAUGCCAAAUGAAUGUGGUGCCGUUCCCACGUGUUGCUCAGCUCACAGGUAGUCUCGUGUUGAGGUGUACGAGUAUCUGUGCCGAUAGAAUUCGGCGUAGUCAAGGAAGACCAGUCUGAGGAUGCAGGCUGCCAUCGCCUGCAGGAAGGCGCACGUGCCGCCGACCAAUACGGUAAAGGUGUACUGCCCCAGCGACACUCUCUGCGCCUUCGUCAACCCUUGGUAGUACUCCUGACGCACAACCAUCCAUCGCACAUGAUGUGGCGUGUCGUGUUCUGAUGCACGCUGUCGUCUUCACCUGUGUUCCCUCGGGCUUGUUCUCGUAUUGGGGAUCAUACUCGAUCUUCUCAAGGUCUUGAGGCCAGAAUUCCUCCGGAUCAGUGCCUUCGCGGAUCAAGUCCAUACCUGAACACGGCACAGCGGGAAUGGAUGGGCCAGGCAGGCGAGUGAACAAGAGCCGGAGGGCUGAUCGCACCGCAUGUUCUUGCAGCGUUGCGCGUCAUACAAAAGCUCUGGAUGGCCCGAAAGAUACCGCCUCCGAGAAGGAUGAAAAUCGGCAUGAAGGCGUGAAUGUACCGCUCCACGUAGAACAGGAAGAGGACAGACAGGGCGAGGAAGACGAAGCGAGUGGAGACAUACGACCAGUGGAUGAUGCGGUCGAUUAGGGUCAGAUCCCAGUUGAAUAUGGUGCCCUGGUGGCCGAUCAUCGCUGCAGCGCCCACCUUCAGAGCUGAAGACCAAUGACAGGCGGAGACACUCUUGUCCAGUGUUGUGCUGUCUUUUCUCCAUUUCCCGCCCACCAUGCACGAAUUGGUGAUCUGACGAGAAGGGGACGAGGUUACACAAGUCAAUGUGAGGCCAUGACGAGAGGCGAGGAAGCAGAAAGACGCCUACCACCCACAGGACAUAAACGCCGAGACAGCACAAGGUCACAACAAGAUUGAAGGUCUUAAAGAAAGGCUCCACAGACACUAACGGCGACCUGAACACACAAGACAGACCAAUGACGGCUCGCAGCCUGUGUUCAACUCUUAAGUACUCAAAUAUCUGUUGCAGGAUGGCCAUUCGGUUCUUGUACUCCAUGCUCUCCUUCUGUUGCCGCAUUUCGUCCAGAAAGGGCACCAUCUGCAUCAGCCUCCUCGUCAAACCACGGCCACUCGAUGACUUCCUUUCCACAAACGACACCCCACCACCACCAGCAGCAGGAGCCGGCUUCUCCUCAUCAUGGUCAGCAGUAACGUUGUUGGCCAUCGCCGCUGUUGUCGACCUCUCCCCCGGCAGCACCAGAGUGACUCUCCGCCUCCUCAGCUCUUCGCUCAACACGCCCGUUUGGUCGUAAAACUCCUCGUUGACGUAGUAGGGCAGCUUGCGCAGGACCACCUCGCGCAGCACUGCCUCGAGGUGCUCUGGGGGUGUGAGGUGGCGGUGCUUCGGCGACAGGAGGGCUUCCAUCACGUCCUCUCUCAGCGCAAGGGCCGCCACCAGCAGCGGCUUGGCUGUCUGCCAUGGCGGAUGUUCCUUCGGUAGGCCGUCGAUCACAGUGAGCGCCACACUGCUGUGGAGAGGCAGCCUGACAGAAGCCAUGGUGACGUGAGCACGCCGAGUACCAUCAGAGAAGCUGGCUUUAGCCUACUUGUAUGGCAGGUCGCCGAGCAGCUUUUCGGCGGCGGGCGGAUAGGUCGUCAGAAUCUCCUCCAUCUCGGGCACGUAGUUCUGAGCUGAACCGUCGCAGAGACACGUACAGCUGCUCCAUGUCUCUGUUUUGAUGGAUUAUGUCACCCCUGUCUUACCAGCUGCGUAGUAGAGGGCCUUGACGACCUCUCCGUCUAAUCCGCCCUUUGUGCAGGCCCCCAAAAGGAAUGAGAAUGAGUGUGCGUCCCUCAGCCGCAAUGCCAUCGGCAGUGGUGUGGACCCAAGGUAGUUCUCGUGGCUCAGCCGCACGUGUUUCAGCUUGUCUCUCGGUGACAGUGCCACAAACUCCUCGUAAGUGCCCUCAUAGGCAGCCUGAAUGAGGGGGAAAUUGGCAAGGGCUGCUUGCUUUUUGUGGAUGUUUUGUAAGUGUUCUCUUACACUUCGCCUGUAGAAGAGCUCUGCGAUGAUUCUGAACGUGUUGUCGAAACGGAAGGCGCUCAGCAGGGGACCGUCCCUGCACAUGCAUUAUGGACGCAGAUGCUGAUGGAGUGAGUGUGUCACUGUACGUACCCCAUGUUGGGAUCGUCUGCCAAGUAGAGCUCCCGGAUCACUUUGCGGCUCUUCUUGGUGAACAAAGCGGCUCGCAAGGGGGUCACUCCUGAGACACAGCACACGGCAAUGGCACACUGUUUCGGCCGUCGAACCGCCUCGCACCGAAGAGGUCGGGCUGGUGUGGGUUGCACUGCUCGCUGCCCGGCACCCGAUGCUUGACCAGACGGAUGUAGCCAUUCAGCAGAAACUUGACCAGGCUCUCCUGCCCAUGGUACGCCGCCCACCACAGCACAUCGCGGCCGUUCUCGUCGAGCAUGGAGCAGAUGGCAGCAUGGGACUUGCCGGUCACGGCCUCCUCGAUGGAUGCAGAAAUGGAUGCCUCGGCGUCUUUGAGCAGCAGACCCUCGUCAAAGUUGUGCCUGACGGCCAUGACGAGGGGCGAUGUGCUGCCUGCCGCCUUUUCAAGCGAAGGGCCCGCCACCGGUGCUUCGUGGCCGACAAGCGCUGCGGUGUAGCGCUGGUCCUGCAGGAAGAAGACAAAGUGGAUCAUGCACAAACAGACCGGUGUGUGCUGCUCGCUCUCACAAAGUAGGUGAGACUCAGCCCGAGCGGCGUGACACCGUCCUGUGACAGCAAACAAACAAGAGACACGAAAGAAAGGAGGAAAGCGGCUGCGGAUCAAAGCGGAUCGACCACCCUGUUUGGCCGGUUGAUGUUUGGUUUGAUGUUUCGUCUCUUGAGUUCUUCAAGAAAGUCGACGAGCAUCUGCAGCCGCUUCUUCUCCACGAGUCGGAAGAGUGGCGUCUUAUCGUACUACAAUCGACAGACGAAAUGAAGCGCACCUGUCCCUUCUUCGUAGGUUUUACCCAGUCAGCCAGGUUUGGAUCUGCGCCGCGGGCGAGCAGCAGUCUGAUCAUCUCCAUGUCGUCGACCUCGAUGGCCCAGCGGAGAGGCGUGAAAUGAUACUGCAUGAUGGGAAAGGAAUGGCAGACAGGCACCAUGUGAGGCAAGACAGUCAAAGAUCUAUCGCCGACCUUGUCGAUAUGGUUGAUGUUAGCACCGUCGUUGAGCAGUUUCUCAGCUACAGUCGGGUUGUGACCGAGCACCGCGCGAAUCAGCGGACUUUGGCCGUCCUGCACCGACAAGCAUAUCCCUCUGGUGGAGCGAGACACAUGCAUUACAUCCGCUGGCCAGUGCUGACCCCUCUGGCUUUGUUGACGUCUGCCUUGUGGUCGACAAGGUACUUGGCGAACUUGAGAGCGUGGUGACGCAGCUUGGCCGCCACUGUCAGCGCAGUAUCCUUGCCAGACUGACAGAGAUCAGACAAAGCAGGCUUGUCUCAUUCGGUCAGACAUGUGUUGUCUCACGAUGCUGGGAUGGUUGAUUCGCUCUGGGUCGCCCUGCAGAGAAGCAGGCAUACAAGUAGUCGGUACAGGGCCAAAACAGGCAGCCUUUGCGUGCGAUGGGCCACACUGCCUCACCUUGAAGCUCUCCACUAUCUUCUGCACCUGAGCGAAAUGCUCGUUUCGGACUUGACGAACCAAGUGAACUCCCAACACGCACAAAUCAUCACUGAAUGUGUUCCCUUUUUGGUCUCAUUUCCUCACGUGUUCGGCCGUGAGGUCCUCCGGCAGUGGACGCGGCUCCUUGCCCGCAUCUGGCGAUUUGGGGGGCGUGACCUGUAUACCUAUCGAGGCCGUCUUUGGCAGCUUCAGGUCCUCCUCCUUGACAAACAUGGGAGACAGUGAGCCCAAAUUGGAGCCCUGCACAGACAUCGAGCAGCAACCAUCGUGCACAUGCCAUCUGCACUGCAUCUCGUGGACCUUCAU